AUGUCUUCUGCCAAACGUGCUUUGACCGAUCUUCUCCCGCUUCCCAAUUCCAAUGUCAAGAUUCCACAGCUGGGGUUCGGCAUUUACCAAUCCAAACCCGAAGUAUGCGUCAACUCGUGCUCUACGGCCUUGCGUGCCGGUUAUCGUCAUAUUGACUCUGCCCAAUUCUACCGCAAUGAAACCGAGAUGGGUGUUGCUGCACGCCAAAGUGGCAUUCCGCGAUCGGAAUUGUUUCUAACCACUAAAAUUCUGAGUGCUGGAGGAAGUCCGGAGAAGACAUACCAGAAAUGUCUCGAAAGCGUGAAGAAGAUUGGCGCCGAAGGCGAAAGCGACAGCCCUGGUUCGCCCUCUUAUGUUGACUUAUUUCUAAUACAUUCGCCAAGCGCAGGUAGUGCUGCAAGGAAGGAGAUGUGGCAGGCGUUGGAAAAGCUUGAAGCGGAGGGUAGGACGAAGGCGAUUGGUGUGAGCAACUUUGGCGUUGGACACAUCGAAGAAUUGAAGGAGUAUGCAAGGAUUUGGCCUCCACAUAUCAACCAAAUUGAGGUGAGUGGCGCUUACCCCGCGCUCAAGAGACUUGCGUUACUGACGUUCAUCUUUCAGUUGCAUCCAUGGAACCAGCAGCGGACUAUCGUUGACUAUUGCAAUGAGCAUAAAAUCAUCAUUGAAGCUUAUUGCCCCCUCGUGCGCAACCAAAAAGCUCAUGAUGAGACGCUCCUUUCCAUCUCGAAGAAGUACGACAAGACGACAGCGCAGGUACUGAUUCGUUAUGGUUUGCAGAAAGGCUGGGUCUCGUUGCCAAAGAGUGACACACCUAGUCGAAUCGAAGCCAAUGUUGAUGUAUAUGGAUUCGAAAUUGAUGAUACUGAUAUGACUAAACUUGAUGAUCUCGACCAAGGGCCGGCUGGAGCAAUCGUGCAAGCAGUCAAAAAUUGA